AUGAGCACUGAGCUUUGCACUGAAGAUGCAGUUCUUCAACUGGCUACUCCUCAAGUUUCUUCUGAUGCAACAUGCAUUAUGAACACCCUUGCAAGUCGAGCACAGAAUGCAACAGCAGGAAUGGAGCUGGGUCGAAAGUUACUACUAGCUGCUCGUGCUGGUGAUACACCUACAGUACUGGAACUAAUGGCUAAAGGAGCUCCCUUUACUACCGAUUGGCUUGGAACAUCCCCUCUACAUCUGGCAGCAGCAAAUAAUCAUGUGGAAACAUGCUCUGUGUUACUACGCGCCGGUGUUAGUAGAGACGCUCGAACUAAAGUUGAGCGGACUCCAUUACAUUUAGCUGCUCACUCGGGUCAUGCUGAUGUCAUAUCAUUGCUACUUGGACACGGGGCCAGCCCUGAUUGUAGAGACAUGCUGCAAAUGACCCCAUUGCAUUGGGCGUCAGCGCGAGGCCACGAAGCUGCAGCUCGGGUGCUACUUCGGGGUGGGGCUAGUCCACUUGUUCGAUGUAAAUUUCACAAACGUCCACGUGAUCUUGCCCUUAGACACCACCACUCAGCAUUGAUAUCCUUAUUACAAGAAGCGGAACUUCAAACCGCUACUGAACAUCUUAUCCAAAAAGAGGAAAAAGAAGGACAACAUGAACCAAUGGAAAGUGUUAUAGAGGUUGAGCCUACGAAAAAAUUGCUGGACAAUGUUAUCAGGAUAGAAGCUAAAAAGGUUAAACCGAAAUCAGUAACCAACGAUGCGACAACAACCAGUAACGAAGCGGCGCAAUUGUUGAAACGCCACGGCAUUACGCUACUUCCAGCAGACAACGGCAGCACCGUACUCACUGCGCUGCAAAGCGGACGGACAGUCGCUCUCUCAGAUGCUGGCAAAUUGAUGUUGCAAGAGAGUAGCAACACUAUCCGACACACGGGUCAUAACCCCGGCAUGGUGAUAAGGGGACGGCCGCGUUGCGGAGCCGGCGCAGUCAAAGUGCUAACUCUCAACAACAAGCUAGUCGCGCUCGGUGAAAGAGAACGCUAUCAGCCUGUCAAGUUUGUGCAACUAUCGGCCGACGGAAAGAUCCCGAGCGCGGGAUUAAGUUCGAUCGAAACGAAGGCUACGGCUGGAGUCAAACGUCCUCCGGUCAAAAUUGUCAUCAAUCGAGGCAACUUCAAUAAACUCGUCGCAGUUUCCGGCAAAUCUGCCACUAAGAUUGAUGGGAUGAAAGCAACUGCGACUACAACGAUUCCUACUAUAAACGUGAAAGAGGAACGUGCGACGGAGCCCGAGUCGUCCUGUGGGGAGAACUGCUUAGCGCGGCGCGAGCUAGCAGUCGCCGUCGCUACCAUUAACUCUUUGCGAAACCAGCUGGCCGCUGCCAACCAGCGUAUUGCUAGCUUACAGAAUACCUAG